AUGAUCAGAUAUUUAAACUCAGCUCAUGCCAUUGUAGAUACCGACUUUCCUAUGCAAUGCUGGAUACCACAAGAAUUUACAAGAAGUUGGGAGGAAUAUGCUGAAAAUUACUGCUGGAUAGAAACAACAUACUUCUCGCCCCUCGAUAAGCAAUUACACAUUUCGACACCAGGCGAAUCUCGAACGCAUAUUGUACGUUAUUAUCAAUGGGCCACUAUUGUUUUGGGUAUACAAGCUGCUGCUUUUUAUUUUCCCUGCUUCAUAUGGAGGCUGUUUCAGGACUCUGGGUUACUAACGUGA